AUGAUCAAAAUCACGCUCUUGCUACAAAGUAUCGAAGACGAGUACAAUGGCCUAAAGUCAGUGGUGGAACUCUAUAAGGAGACCGCUGGGUCAAAUCAACCUCCCUCAGAGGAGCAAACACUUCGCGUCUACUGCGAACAAAGAAGGCGUGAGCUGCAAAUUGCGCUUGACAACGUUGAGAAAAAGCUUACCGCGCUGAAGGAAGUCUAUCAAUCUAUCACGCAGACCUACAAAGAAGCAACUAAGCCUGAGAAAAAGGAAAUGCUCUCAGAGAUGGAAGAGUUGAAGCAAAAAGCAAACUUUCGCGUUCUCAAGCAAGACGGAGAAUGCAUGGUAAUGGCGCUGAAAGCCAGACUGCAUGAAAUAAGCACACAAGUCGCUAUUAUAGAUCUGAAAAACCUGCACUCACAAGAUCCCAACCAAAGCGAAAGAGGCUUGCAGCCUUGUGAAGAUGAUGAAUAUGGAGACUUUGAUCCAUGCAACCUACUAUCAAACGCUGAUCAAAAACGUGCAGCACAGAAUCCAACAACCUAUCACACUAGCGCAGAGCAACAUCUUGAGCUGUCGCCAGCACUCAGAGUGAAGUAUCCACAACUCAAGCUACCCCAUUUCGAUGGUCAAAACGAAUCUUGGGAGGAGUUCUGGGAUACGUUCUCCCUGAUAAUUGAUCAGAAUUCGCAGCUGAAUGACCUCGAGAAAAUACUCUACCUAAAAGACUCAAUCAGAGGAAAGGCUCAGCAGGCAAUAAGGAGUAUACCUAUGCGUAGCUCCAACUACAGACUUAUUGUCGAUGUACUGCAGAAAAAGUACGGUAACAAGGGAAACAACCGGUCGAAGAUAGUGCAAAGGCUCAUGAACAUACCUAAAGCAACUUCAAGAGCAGCUAGCUGCGUAGCAACCCUGGAUCAGGUGAAAGACCUUGUUUUCCAAAUGAUAGCCACUGGCUAUGACAUUCGGAAAAAGCAUGACCCUCUAUGGAUUGACACAAUUCUAGCAAAAUUUCCGUAUGGAAUCAUCAAAGACUGUAUGAAGACAAUCACAAGUGGAUCAAGACUAACCGUGGGCACUUUGUUGGAAGAACUUCAAGAUAAUGUCUCCUCUAGAGCCUUAUUCGAAAAUCGAUACUCUUCGCUCACGUCGUCACAUCGACGUGUGGACACCUCAGAGCAGCUUACGCGCACAAAUGUGAGCAGAAUUGUAAAUUGCAUAUUUUGUCAGCGAACAAACCACCAAAGCGAGAACUGCCGCGCAGUAAGAUCACCACUUGAUCGCAGGCAAGCGCUGAGAGGACAACAGGUGUGUUGGAAGUGCUUCUCAAAAGAACACAGAAGUCGAGAUUGCACGCGACAAAACUGUUCCAAGUGUAAUCGGGAUCAUCAUACUACGCUCUGCACCAUGGACACCGACAGGCGAACGCCCGUAACACCUGAGAAACUGUCCAGGUCGAAGGAACAGCUGAGUGAUCACGCAAACAGCCAAGAAAAAGAGAAACGGCAUAAAAACAAUUACCGUAAUCAAUCCAGCAGCAUGGUUGCGAGCGAAGGACAGCCAGCUGCAGAGCAAAGAAACGAGUCACAGUCCCUGAUAAGUUCUUCCAAUCCAGCCAAAGAAGAUAGCCAUCAGAAACAGGUGGUCCUCAUGACGGUAGAGGCACAAGUGAAAAACAAUGAGACGGGCGCCUACGAAAACGUUCUUCUCUUUCUAGAUUCGGGGGCUCAAUGCAAUUUGAUAGAAGCGACCCUGGCCGACAAAUUUGCACUCGUGCACAGCGAACCAUAUCAAUGCACGAUGUAUGGUAUCGGAGGUAUCGAGGAAACGUAUACAGCACAAAAGGUGACCGCAGAGUUUAGAACAAGAUUUGGUGAGAGUGUAUCUCUAAGCCGCUCUUACAUGUUCCGAUAUGCAGUUUCUCAAGAGAAACAAUAUAUUCCUCUCCAACACGGCAACAAACGGAGAACUGGUCAAACCCCAUAUUUUGAUAGGGGUCGAGGCAUACGAGAACAUUGUAAUGCUAGACUCACCUCCGACAAAGCUGCCAUCCGGUCUUUUGGCUCAGAACACAGUGUUCGGGCCUGCCUUGUUCGGAAAAUCCGACACAGUCGGCAAGAGCUCCGACAAAUGUACGAGUUGGAGGGUAUGGGGAUUUCCACAGAUGAGUACAGAAAAGAUGACACAGCGUACGACUACCUGAAUAGCUACGCAAAGCGAAUCAUGAUCGAAGACGGAAGAAUUGUCGCGCCCCUUCCAUUGAAGGAUAACGUUGUCGAGUUGGACAGCAACUUCAAAGUCGCAGUCUCAAGACUGCGUUCUCUCUUCAAGUUUCAUGUCAGUCAUCCAGAACAAAGGACAUGGUACAUAAAAAUUCUUGACGAAUACAAGAGCAACGACGUAAUCGAGGAAGUCCCAUCCCCAGAGCAAAGCCCUCUUGACAACAUCACAUACUACAUGCCGCACACAGGACAUUUCUCACGCGAUCUGGCACUUGCCAAGGAAAUUCUAGACAACAUUUACGUUGACAACGUUUUCCUCAAUGCUAGCACAAUACAGGAAGCUCUAGCCAAGAUUGAGAGCUCCAGAGCAUUGUUCGCCAACAUUGGCAUGAAUCUAAGAGAGUUCAGUAGCAACUCGGCAGAAGUGAGUGCCGGCAUACCUCAACAAGCCAGGUGUAUGGCAAAGCACAACAAACUGUUAGGUGUAAAAUACGACACCAUCACUGACAGCUUAUCCCUUACAAUUCCAUUUUUGCCCAAAAGGCACAUGACAAAGCGAGAGCUUGUAAGUGAGGUACAUAAAUUGUACGACCCCCUUGACCUUGUCGCACCGUUAUCGCUCAGAGCAAGAAUGCUAAUGAGAGACGCUGUGAUGCUGAAAGCAGGCUGGAACAAGCCACUCGAUCCUGAAUUUUUGCACGAAUGGAACGAAUUGUGCUUGGACAUCUCAGGUACCGUCGUCACGAUCCCACGCAGUAUUGGUAGCAACAGCAAAAACACUGGGAAUGCUACACUCUGGGUUUUCGGAGACGCAAGUCAGGUGGCCAUAUCAUGCUGCAGUUACGUAUCCCAUCCGCCGGAAAAUGACACGAAAGGCUUGUUGUGCGCCAAAACAAGGCUCGCUCCACAGCAGAGGCAACUCCCUAUUCCAAGACUGGAACUUUUAGCUAUCUUGAUAUCUGUACGCCUAGCAAAGACCAUAGUCACAAAAUACCGUCAUCGUUUAAAAGCCGUCCACAUAGUAAGCGACAGCAAAAUCGCUCUCGCAUGGAGGCAGUCUUCACGCAAGCUUCCUCUAUUUGUAGAAAAUCAGGUUGACAGAAUUCGAAAAAUCGAACAGUCCAUCCGAGACCUCGCAAUAUCGGUGGAGUACUUCCACACAGACUCAGAGCAAAAUCUCGCUGACUUGGCAACACGACCAACUUCGAAAGAGCAAUUUGAAAACAGCUCCUGGCUUACAGGUCCGCCGUGGUUUUCACUGCCGAGAACAAAGUGGCCAGUCGAGCCAAUGAGUGAUGAGUCAUGGCUAGCGGAAGAAGAAAAUCGAGGGCUAAUGAGAGACUCAGAGACCUGCGCACCUGCACUCAAAGCGCACGUGGCGAAGUCCGACGGCAUCAUGGACUUGAGGCGCUUCAGACAUUAUUCAGACGCGUUAAAAACACUCACGCGUGCUAUAAAGGCGCUUUCUCGCUGGUUUUUUUUUUGGUGA